AGACAUUACAAAAGUACAUGCUUUGGUCGAUUUUAUUCCGUUUCCCAUCUUUCUUUCCAAGUUUUCUCGCUUAAUAUUUUUCCUCGAAAAUUCUCUCAUAAGCUUCCUCUCGCUCGAGAAUUCAUUUCCCAAAUAAGUUACCUUGCCAAAGAGAAAUCUUGCCCGUUUCCCUUUUGUUCAAGCAAAUAUUUCUAUGCCGUGCUAGGUGGCGUUUGUUGUUUUCUGAAUUGGGAUUUGUUAUUUCUUUGAACGAGCAAUAACAAAUCCUGAUUUGGAGAGGUACAACAAGGUAUUGCUUGUCGCUUCUGUUAUUUGAUUCUCUGGUUUUCUUCUCCUUUUUUUUUUUUUUUUUUGUAUUCUUGGAGUGCUUAAUAGAGGAACCAUUUGAGAUUCAACACGAAGCAUUGGAUUUUGAACUUUUUCGUAGAAAUUGGCACUAAUUGGACGUUAUAUGUGAAUCUGGUUUAUGGGUUCUGUUCUAUAACUGCUUGCUUUCCACGUGCUCUUGUUGUGAUCUGUAUAAUCUUGGACUAGCUUGCAAGUAUCUGCUCUGGAUAGUACUGAGAAACUAAUGUUUCCAAGUUAUUUUCUAUUUAAUUUUCACCAUUUUGAAAGUGUUUGUUGGGCCUCUAUUUUUAAAGAGUUUAUGCAAUAGUGUUGGGCUACAGUUUAACUCGUCUGAGAACUUGUUGUAUGCCAAUGUUCACCAAUUUCUGAGUUUUAUAUUGGUUCAAAUUUUUAGGUUUUAGUUGGAGAAGAAUUAUAUAGGUAGUUUUAUAAUUGAUAGUAGGAAUUGUCCUUAAGAUUGUUGUGUUCACGAUGGGGAAGCAAAGUGGGAAGAAUAAGAAACAGGCAGCGGGGCCGGCAGACGCAGUUGACAGUAAUUUGAAGCUAAAUAGCCCUAAAGCUAACGACAAGGACGCUGCAGUUUUCAUUUCCAUGUCUCAAGAAUUGAAGGAGGAAGGGAACAGCCUGUUUCAAAAGAGGAACCAUGAAGGAGCUAUGAUGAAAUAUGAGAAAGCUAUCAAAUUGCUUCCCUGGAAUCAUAUAGAUGUAUCUUAUCUGAGGAGCAACAUGGCUGCAUGUUAUAUGCAGAUGGGUCUGAAUGAGUAUCCUAGGGCCAUCCAUGAGUGUAAUUUGGCACUGGAGGUCACACCGAAGUAUAGUAAAGCACUGUUAAAGAGGGCAAGGUGUUAUGAGGCUUUGAAUAGACUGGAUUUAGCUCUGAAAGAUGUUACUAUGGUUUUGAAAAUGGAGCCAAACAAUGUCAUGGCAAUAGAGAUUGCAGAAAGGGUGAAACAAGCACUUGAGCAGAAAGGACUAAGGGUGAAUGAUACAGUAAUUGAACUGCCUCCAGAAUAUGUUGAACCUCCUAGCAAUUCAACUUUGCCAAAAGCAGUGAAAGAGAAGACACGGAAGAAGAAAAAUAAAAAGGUUGAGCAGAAAAAGGCUGGGGAUGAAAUUGAAGAGAAGAAGGUUUAUGGGGAAAUUGAUGAGAAACAGACCAAGGAUAAGGUGGUCAUAGAGGAGCAAAUUAGUGGUGCAAAGGAAGAACCUAAAAAGACAGUGAAAUUGAUAUUUGGCGAAGACAUAAGAUGGGCUCAGUUGCCUCUUAAUUGCAGCCUCCUGCAAGUCAGAGAGGUCAUAUCUGAUCGAUUUCCAGGCUCAGGGGCUGUUCUUAUCAAAUACAGGGAUCAAGAAGGGGAUUUGGUAACAAUAACCACUGAUGAAGAACUGAGAUGGGCUGAAGCAUCAGCUGAAUCCCAGGCCUCUGUCAGGCUGUAUUUAGUGAAAGUCAAUCCUCAGCAGGGUCUAUUCUUUGGGAAGCUUAACAAUGAGGAGUUGCAUGAAAUGGGUUUGGAACAGAAAUUUUCCAGAGUGAAUGGGAACAUGGAAAAAGGUAAAGAAGCAGAAAAUGGAUCUUGUCAUAUUGAUGAAUGGAUACUAGAGUUUGCUAAGCUGUUCAAAGAACAUGUGGGGUUUGAUGCUGAUGCAUACCUUGGUCUUCAUGAACUUGGUGUUAAGGUAUAUUCUGAGGCUAUGGAGGAGGCGGUUACAAGUGAAGAAGCACAAGACCUUUUUAGCACAGCAGCAGGGAAGUUCCAAGAGAUGGCAGCUUUGGCAUUGUUCAACUGGGGAAAUGUUCAUAUGUCUAGAGCAAGGAAGAGGAUUUACUCCACCGAAGAUGCUUCAAGAGAUUCGGUGCUUGAACUGAUAAAAACUGCAUAUGAUUGGGCACAGAAGGAAUAUGUUGAAGCAGGACAGAAGUAUGAAGCAGCAUUGAGAAUCAAACCAGAUUUCUAUGAAGGUAUUCUAGCUCUAGGGCAGCAGCAGUUUGAGCAGGCAAAACUUUCUUGGUAUUAUGCAAUUGGCAAUAAUGUUGACUUAGAAUCAUGGCCUUCUGAAGAGGUUGUGCAACUUUAUAAUAGUGCUGAGAACAACAUGGAAAAAGGCAAGCAGUUGUGGGAAGAAUUCGAAGCACAACGCCAAAGUGAACUUUCUAAUUCACUCAAGGUUAAUUCUCAAUCAGAGGAAAAGGGGUUGGAUUGGCUAUUUAAAGAUGUGUCAGCAGAAGAAGCCACUGAGCAGGCAAAGAACAUGAGGUCUCAUAUUAAUCUACUAUGGGGAACCAUACUCUAUGAGCGAUCAAUUAUGGAAUUCAAACUAGGGCUGCCAGUCUGGCAAGAUUGUUUGGAAAUUGCAGUUCAGAAGUUUGAGCUUGCUGGAGCUUCACCAACAGAUAUAGCUGUUAUGAUGAAGAACCAUAUUUCAAAUGAUAAUGCACAAGAAGGUCUAGGAUUUAGAAUUGAUCAAAUAGUACAGGCAUGGAAUGAGAUGUAUGAAGCCAAGAAGUGGCUAAGUGGGGUUCCCUCCUUCCGGUUAGAACCUGUACUUCGGCAACGAGUUUCAAAAAUUUAUCAUGGUCUGGAGUUUGCAUGAGGUGUAUGCUUUGAAACUUUCAUAUCAUGCCUUCAAAAUUCAUCUAGAAUGGAUGAAGUCUUGCUUGUUAAGGUUUCUCACAUGGUACCUUAGGAUUCAGUUUCAGCAAUGAUCCUUCAGAGACACAGAAGCAGUUCUGAAAUUGCAUUGCCUGAAUUAGAAAAUAGGUUCUUCAUUUUCUUACAUGAUGGGGACAAGAUGAAGUAGCAGGGACUUCCGUUUUUUGUUAGUUUCUGCCUUCACACGAGGGUUAACUUCCCCUUUGUUGAGUCUAGUCGACAGGUCACAGGAUAUUUGUAUUUGCCAUUCAUUUUGUCAAGUAGCUGCAAUAAUGCAUAGCUUGUUUAACAUCUUAGCCUGUAACAUUCAGUUUAACUUCUGCAACCUCAUACUGCUUCUAGUUGUUUUCUUUUAUUAGUGUUUGCUUUAGAAAGACCAUUGUUGACUUAUUUUACUAGAAAUUGAAUGGACUGUCAGUUGCUUUCA